CGAGGGAAUUAUAAAAUUUAAAUAAUCGUCGUUGGUGCGCCAGCGGGAUUGAUUUGUGAUUUUUUCUCGGUAUCGAUAUCGGUCGCCGACCGACGUCUUUCUUGGUGCCCGUAGAGUAUGCUCUUCCGGCGGGGGGGUGUCUGGUUACCGGGUCGCAAUUGCGGGGCGUGUGUGUCACCAGUCGCUUGGUGACACUUGAUGAAUAGUGAAGUUUUUUGGUCGCAGUGGUGUUAAUAUUUUUUUGUGAGGAUUUAUUCAAUUUGUGGAGGAUGUCUCGUCGUGGGAUGCAGUGCAGGAUGUCCCGCUCUUCUCCUGGGGAUGAGCUUAUUCCCACCGGCGGUGUCUCCAUCGGGAUUCGCUCCGAAUCGGGGAAUGGAGCGGGUCGACAGACAGCUCGACGAUCCCGUGUUUCGGUUUGUGCGGGUCGUCAGACGGCUGGUCGGUACCGUCGCUUCACGCCCGGGGACUGGAAAGGCAGGUUAUCCAUUUCCCCUGAUGUCGCCCUUUGGUAUCGGCGUAAGUUGGGGCUAUCGGAGUCCUUUACCAGCGCCUUGGUAGUGGGACCGGCGCGACGCAUUUUGGAAGGAUCGGGUGAGUCCCCUUUUCGUUAUGUGGACAUCCCGACUGCCCAUUGUCCUUUCGCGGAGCAUCAGGCCUGGACGUUUUUCGACCGCGUCGGGCUCGUGAACCCGCGGGCUGCUGGCCGUUCUGCUGGGCAUCGUCCAGCUGCUGAGCGUGAGGUUCGGGUCAUCGGUGAUGACCACUCCCAGGAUGGUGGCCAUCCUGAACGACCUUUGCCCGUGAUCCCUGGACCGUCUUCCUUCGGCUGGGGUGGUUCUCGCCCAGGUGCUGGGCAUCCUCGAGGUUCCGGCCGUCGACGAGGAUCCGGACGUCGUCGAGGAUCCGGACGUCGUCUCCCAGAAUGCCGACAGUCGUCGGUGAUUCCUUCUGGUUCAGCUGUUGCUCCAUAGCUGGAUCGUAUUCGCGGUGUCUAAGGCUGAGGGAAUCCUCCCGGUUCUUUUGGUGCGGCCAUCGCAGUGACCUUCCCUGGUUUGCUCCAGGAUUUAUAUUUUUUUCUAGCUUUUUUUUAUUAAAAUAUUUUAAUAUAUCUUUUUUUUGAAAAUUUCAUUGUUGUUUUUUUUUCUUUCCCCAUCCAGCUCGCCUCCAGUUCGGUUUCCGGAGUCAACUGCUGCCAAUUUGGUGAUCCCUCUUCUUUAUUUAUGGUGAGUUAUUAUUUUAUUUUAUAUCUUUUUUUUUUUAUUUGUUCAGAAAUUUUCUUUCGGGUGAUAUUUCGUCGUUUCGUUUUUUUUUUUUAAUUUCGGUUUUCGGGGCGAUUUUCGGUUUCCCUGAGUCGCGCUUUCUUUAGUUUGUCGCGGUGCACGAUUUUCGGUCUCCUUUCCAUUUGGAUAUUCACGUUGUUGUGAUCCAAAAUGUCUAGAAUACGGAAUGGUCCUUUCCAAUCAUCGUCCCUUUUUCCCGUUCUGGGCUCUUUUAGGAGCCAAACAUAUUCUCCUACUUGAAGCGGUAUUUCCCUCACUUUUCGGUCAUAAUAUUUUUUUGAUCUUUGUUUCGAUUCUAUGAGGUUUAUCCGGGCUUGUUCGCGUACUCUUUUUAGUCCUUCGGUUAGUUCUUGGAAUAAUACGCGAUAGGGCUUGCCUCCGAUUCCCUCGAUCGAUCUUGCUGAGGGUACGCGUGGUUUUACUCCGAAAACUAGCUCGUGAGGGGUGAAUCCCGUGCUUUCGUGUACGCUCGUAUUAUAUGCAAACAUCGCCAUAUCUAUCCAUUUGUCCCAGUCUCCGCUAUCUCCGAUUUGGGUUUUCAGAAAUUCGGUUAGGACAUGGUGACUGCGUUCGAGGGAUCCGUUUGAUUGGGGGUGGUACGCGGUAGUCAGACAGUGGCGAAUUCUAAAUAGUUUACAAAAUUCCGCGGUGAUUUGACUCGUAAAAUUUGUGCCUCUGUCCGACAAGAGUGCCUGUGGCGCGCCGAAUGUACAUAUUAAUCUGCGUGCGAGAGCCCGUGCUACGUCUUCCGCUCGUUCCGUUCUCAAUGGCACGGCUAAGGCGUAUUUCGUUAGACAAUCCUGCAUUGUCAAUAGGUAUGCAUGUCCCCUGUGGCUCCUGCCGGAGGGCUCAUAGA